AGGCAAAAUACGCAGAAGAAGAAGAAGACUCCGGACCGGAAGUAGCCGAUGGGGAAGCUUAGCUAGCAAACUCAACUGAAACCGCUCGACGACGGGACUUUCCACUGCUGCCUGCGUCAUUAAUUGUUCGAGGGUGUGUUUGAGACCAAAAGAAAAGUUUCUUCUAUUCCUUUUAACAUUCAUUGAAAAAUUUUCCAGCUGCGGGUUCUCUUUUACAUCAUGGAGGGCUAGACCCCCACAGAGGAGAUGCCCUGAAGGAGGGGGAGGCGUUUGAGAUGUUUUCAUCUUUCUGUUUGUGUGCGUCAACGUUUAUUUAUCCUCAAUACAUUGGUAUCUCAACUUACACAUUUAAUUGGUCCAGUCACCAUGUUUGUCAGUCAAAACAGUCAUGUAAUCAUCUUUUUCCUUUGAAAUGAAUGGAAGUGCCAUGAUUCCGUGGCUGCCAUCGGCAGCAAUAGACAUCCAAUCUUUUUUGACUGGGAUGGUGGGCAGCGAUCAUUCGAUUACUGCCAGCCUUUCCCAGUCAAAAUGAAUUGGGUGUCUUAUUACCGUCAAUGGCAUUCAAGGAGUUAUGCAGAUGUAACAAUAUCUAAAAUAUCCCCAACACAUAUGUCAAAUUCAUUAGUAAAAUCUGAUACUCGUAAGUUGUAACACAACGAAUUGGGUAGUACCUCGGAAAAACCUAAGUCGAUGUACCUCUGUGUUUUUUGUGUGUUUUAUGUUAACAUGUACGUGGCAAAAGUAGAAAGCACUGAACUGGCGACUGACUAAUUUGGCAUUUUCCCCCUUCGUUUUGAUUAUUUUCUUGUGAACCAUUUAAUUUCAAGAAUGACUCAGUAACAUUCUAAAAGCUCUGUGUAAGUACUCUCCAUUUACCUUCAGUUUCCUUUUCACUGUCCACACUUUCUGUGUGCGUGCACUUGUGUAAGCGGGGCAUCUCAAACUUCUCCCCUUCUCGAGGGGCAUCUUCUUCCUCCUCACCCAAAACUAUGGAGACUCUCGUUAAACUCAAGAAUAACCCGUUUCUGAUGGGCCUGUGUCGCAACGGACCCCCGCCUGACCUGCAGUACGACAACUCUUCAGAGUUGUUCCGCAUCUCCACCUUCGCCCGCUUCCCGUCGUCAGCAGUGACUGAGCGCAGCCUGGCGCGCGCUGGCUGGUUCUAUACGGGCACGGGAGACCGCGUGCAGUGCUUCCGCUGCAACGUGACGGCCGAGGGCUGGCUGGCGGGCGACUGCCCCACAGAGAAGCACCGCCAACUGUCGCCAUCGUGCCCCUUCGUGCAGACCCUUCCAUCCGCCACCAACCUGCUGUCGUCCUCCCAUUCGGCUUUUUCGCCGCUCCGCGUGGCCCCCACCAUCCCGCUUCCCGGUCCGGGGCCGACGGCCGCAAACCCCACGAGUGAAGAGCCGGCGGGCUACCUGACGACGGGCUUCCCCGGGCCGCCACCUCCCUCCAGCCCGCUGAGUUCCCGCGGCGUGGAGGACAUGUCCCACCAGCGGCCCACCUGCCACAACCCGGCCAUGCGGCGCGAGCAGGACCGCCUCGACUCCUUUCACGGGUGGUCGCUGUCCAUCAUCACGCCCGCCGAGCUGGCCAAGGCCGGCUUCUACUACCUGGGGAUCGGCGACCACGUGGCCUGCUUCAGUUGCGCCGGGCAGUUGAGCAAUUGGGAGCCGGGAGACCGCGCGGCAUCAGAACACCAACGCCACUACCCCAAUUGCCGCCUAGUGCGGGGCGACCGUACCGACAACGUGUCUCUACCUGGAGCGGCGCCCGCCCCAUCUUCCUCACAGCCGGCGUCAUCCGCCGCCCUCAGCAACGUGUCCAACCCGUCCAUGAGGGACAAUGAUGAGCGACUGCUCACAUUUGUCAUCUGGCCCACGCGCAUCCCCGUCAGGCCCGAGCAGCUUGCCAAGGCCGGCUUUUACUACGUCGGUCGCAACGAUGACGUCAAGUGCUUCUGCUGCGACGGAGGCUUGCGCUGCUGGGAGUCGGGAGACGAUCCCUGGGUUGAACACGCCAAAUGGUUUCCACGGUGUGAGUAUUUGUUGCAAGAAAAAGGUCAAGAAUUUGUGCACCAGAUUCAGGCGCGCUUUCCUCGACUCUUUGAGCAGCUCUUGACAAAUGGGGACAGCACCUCCAGAGAGUUUGUGGAUCCGCCUGUGUUGCACCUGGGUCCAGGCGACGAACGUUGCGAGGACGCCGUGAUGAUGAACACGCCGGUCAUCAAGUCGGCCCUGGAGAUGGGCUUUGAUCGCAGCUUGGUCAAGCAGACGGUACAGAGCAAGAUCCUCGGCAGCGGCGAAAACUACCGCACCGUCCAGGAACUGGUCUCGGACCUGCUCAGCGCCGAGGACCAGAAGAGGGAGGAGGAGCGAGAGAUGGUGGCCGAGGCCAUGGCGUCAGACGGAUUCACAUUUGUUAAGCGACACCAGGCGGCUCUGGUGCAGCGGCUGAAGAGUGUCGAGCCCGUUUUGGAACAUCUCAGGGAACAAAAUGUGCUAAGCGCUGAGGAGUACAGCAGCCUGCAGGCGCAGACGUCCGCACAACAGCAAACGGCGCGUCUGAUCGAGCUCGUCCUCACAAAAGGCAACGCGGCCGCAGAAGUUUUCCGCAACUGGAUCCAAAAGAACGACGUGCAUCUGCUGAGAGAGCUCAUGGCUCAGUCGAAUGAAGCGGCAUCCCCCAGCCAGGACUUGACCGGUCUCCCCAUGGAAGAGCAGCUACGGCGUCUUCAGGAGGAGCGAACAUGUAAAGUAUGCAUGGACAAGGAGGUCAACAUCGUAUUCAUCCCGUGUGGCCACCUGGUGGUGUGUAAAGAGUGCGCGCCAUCGCUGCGCAAGUGUCCCAUCUGCCGAGGUCUGGUCAAAGGCACCGUGCGCACCUUCCUCUCAUAAACUAGCAUUGUGGAAUGUAACUAAUAGCUUUCACAUUAAAAUGUUUUAAUGUUGCA